AUGAAGCCAACACUCGUUAUACUCUCCGCCGUCUCCAUGGCACACGCCUUCGCAGGCAUGCCAGACCUCUUAAAGAACCUACCCCGUGGCCAAGAGGACGUGAACAUCCACAAACUACCCGGCGACCUGGAAGGCCAAGACGACCGUAAACUAAGCAACACAGGCAGCCUCAUUAAGCGGAUCCUCGAAGGCAGAGAAAACCCAGAAGACAGAACAACGAGCUACACUUCUGUUCCUGGCCAAAACUCCGCCGCCUGCAGACGCGACAAGUGCUGCAUCUGGAAACACAUUGCCGAUGAGAUGAGGUCCAAGAUGGUGGGCGGUGCAGGACGCUGCAACAACCUCGCGCGACAGGCUGUCCGGAUGGGCUUCCACGACGCGGCGGCGUGGUCUUUGAAUACGGGGAGGGGAGGCGGCGCGGAUGGAUCGCUGGUUCUUGCGAGGGAGUGCUAUAAUCGGAAGGAUAACGCGGGUAUGAAACUUGGCUGUGACCAGAUGCAGGCUUGGUAUAAUAAGUAUAGGCAGUAUGGGAUUAGCAUGGCGGAUUUGAUCCAGAUGGGAGCAAAUGUUGCAACGGUUGUCUGCCCCCUUGGUCCUCGGGUACGCACCUUUGUCGGCCGCAGAGAUAGUUGGAAACCAGCACCAGAGGGCCUUCUCCCCUCGGCGUUCGACUCUGCAGAUUAUCUAAUUUCUUUGUUCGCCAACAAGACCAUCAGUGCGAACCAGCUUGUUGCCCUGGUGGGUGCUCACACCACCAGUCAGCAGUUUUUUGUGAAUGGCCGACGCGCCGGCGACCCUCAGGACAGCACGCCUGGUGUGUGGGACACGAAAUUCUAUGGCGAAACGACCGACCCGAAGUCGCCGAGGCGUGUGUUCAAGUUUCAAAGUGAUAUUAAUUUAUCCAAGGAUGCGAGGACGAGGGGUGCGUGGGCGGCGUUUACGGGGCCAGCCGGUCAGGCCCCCUGGAAUGGGGCUUAUGCUGCGGCGUACGUACGGAUGAGUUUGCUGGGCGUAUAUAAUACGAAUGACUUGACGGAAUGUACAAAGGCGCUUCCGCUGCCGAGACCGGUGUAUCAUGCGCCUGAUGCGCCGGCCUUGGCGAAGUUUGUGAAUGGCGGGGCGCCAGAUGCUGCUACGAAUGCGUCAAAUGGUGAUAUUAUAGUAUCAUGA